UUAAAGUUCUUACCCACAUGCCUGUGAAAUUUUUCAAAUUAAAUUGCAGUUAAAAAUUUAUGAUUAGGACUUUUCAUUUUCAGAUUGCAACACGAAAUGACAGCCAACUGAGAACUGUAAAAAUAAUAGAAGUAGAGCUGACCUCCUCACAAACAUCAAACAUCAGUGAUCUGUUUUCCUCUGGAACCUACCAGUUAAUGAAAGAAGAAAUUCCCUCAUUGGAAUCCCACAUGAAACUCUUGGAGAACGACAUGGAUGAGAACUGGAAUGCUGUCGAUCUUUCAAUUAAAAGAAUUGAUAAUAAUGAUGAUGUUGAGAGCCUGCAGGAGUUCAACAGCAGUUUUCUCUUUGGGGAAGAUUAUGAUGGGAUGCAUUCCUUCAAGAUCCAUUUCGAUGAGCCUGAAAAAAUAACAAAAUCAAUGAAAUACACAUUUUCCAAAAAGGAGAAUAUGUUAUUUGCUCAGAAUGGUGUCAUCUGUGACACACUAGUGCAGACAAGCGGUGUCGUUCCAAGCAGCUCAAAGUUAUUUGUCAGUGCAGUUUAUACAGGUUCUGAUCACCAAGAUGUGCCAGUGUUGAGAUGUCCUCAUCACUUUACAAAACUCGAUGACAAUUCUGAUCACUUCAUUUUAGUUAACAACUUGAAAGCUGAAUAUGGGAAAUAUAUAGGAGCUGAACAUAAUUAUGUUGCUAUCGCAUGCAAGGAUAUUUCUGGAGGGCACUCGAUAUUUACCGUUCCUCUGGAAUUCACAUGUUUGUCCACAUGCAUGGGAGGCAUCGGACAGAAACCAUUCAAGAUAGUUUUCCUUCUGGUCGACCGAGGUCGCUUGUUGGGCAGAAAGUGCAUUCCAGCUCGAAUCAGCAGGUGCCCUGGAAGAAGCAGGAUGAGUGCAGAAAGCAAAUAUCUCGAGUCCAACAAGAGAAAGAUUGAAAUGAAAGAAAACAAUUCCGAACUUUUGAUGGUUCCAAAUCCAAAGCACAGGAGAAUAAUCCAAAGACUCUUGGAUGUGCUAGAAAGCCAUUCUGACUUUGACUGUAAAUGUCAAACCGACCUACAUCUUUCGCCUGGCUACUGCAUUCUCAAUUUCCAAUGAAUUGUGAAAAAACUGACUAUAACUUUUUCAAAUAUUUUUUUUUUAUCAGCGUAUACAUAAAUUUUUUUUAUAAACUGUUUUUUUUUAAUAUUUUGUAUGCUUUGUUCUAAAUCAGUGAUACAAAUUCCAUAUUUUUUAAUUACCAGCUUUUACACUUGUUGAUGAACGAUGUCAAAAUUGUCAUAAGUAUUUUGAAUAAUGAUUAUUUGUAUAUAGAUCGUUUUUUAUUUCCACAUAAAAGUUAUAAUCUUACAUUUAAUGUCUAACUUUUACAAUUGUUUCAAUCUUUUAAUGAACACUGUCAAAAUUGUCGUCAACAUUAUGAGCAAAUUAUGUUUUAUAAAUGCUUACGAAUGUUUGUAUUGUUUAUGUAUGUUUGUAUAAAUUGUUUAUUAUUAAUUUUAUAAACAAA